UGUAGUGACGCCAUACCCAAACAAGCUACUGUUUGCUAGUGAUUACUGCCAGAUAGUUUAAACUCAGUGCAUUUUCUCUUGUAAGCUGACUUUUAUCGCAAUGUCCCAGGAUCCGUGGUUGCAGAAUUAUGAUGCCACUUGUCGCUUGGCACAGGAAAUAGCAGAAAACAUCCAUGAACGGAACAGGCAGCAGAGAACAGGGGGGAACCCUGCAAAGAUCAAUAUGACACUACGAGCAUCGCUGCAGAAGCUCAAACAGAAUAUCGCCCAGCUUAAAGAUGGUUUGCUGCGAGCAUCGUCGGCUCGGCGCAUAAUGCAGUCGGAAGCUGACAGGAGGCAGAACCUCAUCGAUGACCUUCUAACCAGAGAGAAGCAGCUCAACGCCACCUUCAAGGGAGACAUCACGCAGCCUGAACCCUCCAGGUUGACACUGAUGGCUGAAGGAGGAGCGAGUCAAGGUGUUGCGGCCAACCCCUGGCUGGUCAACGAAACGGAGGAGACCAGAGGGCUGACCUUUGGAGAGAUUAAACAGCAGCAACAACGAAUCAUUGAAGCCCAGGAUGCAGGCUUGGAUGCACUUGCAGCUGUGAUCAGCCGACAGAAGAUAAUGGGCCAGGAGAUCGGCAAUGAGCUGGAUGAACAGAAUGAAAUCAUCGAUGACCUUUCACAUCUCGUGGACAAGACGGACGACAGGAUUCGUAAUGAGACACGAAGGGUGAAGCUGGUAGAGACAAAAUCAGCCUCCUGUGGGAUGCUGGUGGUGAUCGUACUGCUUCUCAUAGCCAUCGUAGUGAUCGCUGUGUGGCCUAUGUAGCGGAGGAGGACAGCAGCAGUCGUGGACCUGUGCUGAACUACAAUGACAGAAAAACCUUUGCAUCCACAGUGCACAUGCGCACAGACACUCAUUUAAACACCGUCUGUCAUCAGAUUUUAUUUUCUUAUUCUUUCUGCUCCCAUUGAGACAAAACUCACUGGUGGCUGCCCAAUGGGAAAUGAAGCCUUCAGUUAUUUAGCAGCACAGUUAUAUUGCUCUGUACAGUAAGUUGUUUGGGUGAAACGCAUCUCUCUCAACUCGUAACCCAGCAGAGACUUUUAAAAAAAUGGAAUAUAUUCCAUAUAAGUGUAAAUUGUCCUCUUUAAUGGUUGUUCAGGUGUCUGCCUCAUUAAAUGUAUUAAACAGUUAAAUUAUUUGGAGGUUUGUAAGCCUUUUGAAAGGAUAUUUUUAGCCUGGACUGUGGUGAAUGUUGACCAAACAGUAGGACCUCCCGCAGGUAGCAGGAGCUUUCCUUUCAGAAGUCUGUCUGUGGUCUGGGCUGAAGCUCACACUGGUAAUUCUGCAAGCUUUGCAAUAUUCACACACACUUAUAUUUAGCCAUGCAUUACUGUAGCAGCUGUAAUGUUAUCAUUUGUCUUGGAAUUUUAUAAGGUUUAUAGAAUAGCUCCAGCCAAAACAAACAGCUCGGCUGUGUUACUAACAUGGCCGCUUUCCUUCCUUGUAAAUCAAUUCAGCUUGUAAUUUCUAAUAAAUGACAUUUCCAGUUAAU